AUGUUUUUAAUGAACAACAUUUUUGAUAUUACUACUCCAUUAUCGAUAUAUUUACAAACUCCAUCAAAUGAUUACAUUCAAGCAUUAAUAAUGGUUGAUAUUGCUGAACAAAGAUUAUCAACAUUGAGGACACAAGAGUCAGUUGAUAAAACUUUACAAGAAUCAAAAGAGUUUUCACUUAAAAAUGAACUGUGUGAAAUAGAAUUUCUUGAAAUUAGGCAAAGAAAAUGGAAAAGAAUGGAUGGUGAAAAUAUUUCUGAUGAAAUUCAAAAUAAUCCUGUGGAUUAUUUUAGAGUAAAUGUAUAUUUUUUAUGUGUUGACCAAAUUAAGGCUUCUUUAAUAGCUCGGUUUAAAGAUGCUAGGGAUAUUAUGAAAGACUUAGAAUUUUUAUCAUACGAGAGGUUGUUAAAAGUAAACAAUGGAGAUAUAGUACCUAAUGAUACCUUUGACUCCCUUAAAACCUGGAUUCCUGAAAUAGACAAAUAA